UCAUAACAGAAUUUGUGUUUUGAAAAGUUUAAUGUGUUAGUAGGGUACUGAAUUGACCUAAAUUAAUGAAAAAAGGAAUGCAGCGUUUUAGAUGUUUCAUACCAACGUCUUCCUCAUCCUUAUAAUACCAAACCCUCCUCAUUCUUGUUCUGUUCCAGACCUCGGGCCAGAUUGUUCUGUUCCAGAUUUCAAUUUAAGAUUUUUUUUUAAAUUAAAUUGUAUGGCUUACUCAACCUUCCAUUAUCGUUUAGCCAUAUGCGUUGAGUCAGAUGCUGAGCUGAAAAGCCAACGAAGAGAUUCCAUUCUCAUGGGCAGAUCGAUCUUGGCUUAAAAGUCAAAACUAACUUUGCCUUCUUUUUAUUUAUUUGUUUUGUUAAAUUCGUGGAAGUUUCGCAUGCAUUAAUCUAACAGUCACAACUUCCCCGCUAUCAUUGACUUUGUUGCUCGAAUAAACUCCAAGAUCAGCUUAUCUUCAUCAAAGUUCAGAUUUGAAGGACUCGCAAUUCUCUUCUGCAUAUCAAAGCAAGGAAAGCAAUCUGAUAUGGCGUCUUCUUCUUCCUCCGCUCCGUCAUCUCGACCUGCAAAGAAAUAUGAUGUUUUUAUUAGCUUCAGAGGUGAGGACACGCGCUUCAAUUUCACCAGCCAUCUUCACGAUGCUCUUCGCAGAGACAAAAUUGAAACAUAUAUCGACUACAGACUAGAGAAAGGAGAUGAGAUAUGGCCCUCUCUUGAGAAAGCCAUUGAAGAUUCGACUCUAUUCCUUGUCAUCUUCUCAGAAAACUAUGCAUCUUCCACGUGGUGCUUGAAGGAGCUUACCAAAAUAUUAGAGCGCUCCAAAAAUCAAGGUCAUAAUUCGGUGAUGCCAGUGUUCUAUAGAGUAGAUCCUUCAAAUGUGAGGAAGCAGUCUGGGAGUUACGAGAAAGCAUUCGAAGAACAUGACCACAAAGGCAUCAGCAAGCGGCAACUGCAAAAGUGGAGGGAGGCUCUUACUUACGCUUCCAAUUUAGGCGGUUGGACUUGUAGCUUGGAUAGGAAGGAAGCCGAGCUAAUUAAAAAAAUAGUGAAACUUGUGAUGCAAAGAUUGGGCUGCAUGUUUGAAAGUGAAGGUCAUUUAAAAGGCUUGAUUGGAAUUAACAAAAAAAUAGAAGAUGUAGAAUCAUUGUUGUACAAAGGUUCACAAGAUGAUGUUCAGUUUAUUGGGAUUUGGGGUAUGGGUGGUAUUGGCAAGACCACUCUUGCAAGGGCAAUAUUUGACAAAUUGCGUUUUGCAUAUGAGGGGUUUUGCUUUUUGUCCAACGUAAGGGAAGAAUCAAAGAACCUUGGAAUAGAUGCUUUGAAGAAAAAACUUGUUUGGACAUUAUUACGGGAUAAAGAAUCUCGCAUUGGCGAUGAGGAAAUAACUCCUCAUGCCAUGUGGAGACUUAGCCAGAAAAAAAUUCUCAUUGUUCUUGAUGAUGUUGACGAUCAUGAACAAUUAGAAAGUUUAGCUGGAAGACAUGAUUGGUUUCAAUCUGGAAGUAAAAUCUUGAUAACAACCAGAGAUAAGCAAGUGUUUGGUAAGGAAGUAGAUGAUAUAUAUGUGCUUGAGGCUCUGAAUUUUGGUGAAGCUUUUAAUCUGUUCUCCAUGAAUGUCUUUGGAAAGGACUGUGCUGACCCCAUGUUAAGAGAGCUAGCAAUAAAGGUUACUCGGCAUGCACAUGGAAAUCCACUGGCCCUAAAAGUUUUAGGCCGCUUCUUAUUCAAGAAAAGUCACGAGGAAUGGGAAAGUCAAUUGAAAAAACUUAAAAAGUUUACUCGUCCAGAAAUUCAUAAUGUUCUAAUGUUGAGCUUCAGUGGACUUGAUCAUGAAGAGAGAAAUAUUUUUUUGCAUGUCGCAUGUUUCUUCAAAGGUUAUGAUGUUGAGGAAGUAAAAAUUUUGUUAGAUUCAUGUGAUUAUUCAACAUCUAUUGGAUUGGCAAAUCUUGAAGGGAAAGCUCUUAUAAAUAUUUCCAAAGGAAGAAUAUAUAUGCAUGAUUUACUACAAGAAAUGGGUCGAGAAAUUGUUCGUAAAGAAUCAGAAGAUGAUCCUCAAAAACGUAGUCGAUUAUGGAAUUCUCAUGAAAUUUAUCAAAUAUUGAGUCAAAAUAUGGGAAGUGAAGCCAUUGAAGCCUUAUCUUUCAAUUAUUCAGAAAUAAAUGAGGAGAUGUAUUUAAGUCCUCAAGCCUUUUGCCGGAUGCCUAAUCUAAAAUUUUUGGACUUUCAAGGCCAUUUUCAUCAAGGGUUCAAUCAUGAUGGCAUCGAGUUUUUGCCAAAUGAACUUAGACUAGUGCGUUGGCAUUGGUGUCCUUUGAAUUCCUUGCCGGUAGCUAAAAAUCUUGUGACAAUUGAAAUGUCAUGGAGCAAAUUAACAAAACUUUGGGAUGGAGUGCAGGCUCCUGUAAAUUUGCGCAAGAUUAACCUCAGCUACUCAUAUAAUUUGAUCGAGCUUCCAAAUUUUUCAAGGUGUAUACAUCUUACAGAUGUAAAUCUACAGGGUUGUUUUAAGUUGCAAAGUGUUAAUCCAUCAAUUUUAUCUCUCCAUAGCCGUCAUAGGUUAUCACUUGAGGAGUGCGAAUCCCUUACCAGCCUUACAAGCUCCACCCAUCUAGAAUCUCUUGGAUACCUCUCCCUUCUGGAUGCUCAAGCUUGGAAAAAUUUUCAGUAA